GGAUUCCCAGCUCUAUGAUCCACAAUGCGGUCAGUUAAAAUUUGCUUGAAUUUGUUAUUUAAACGUUGUCUAAGUAUCAACAAAUCUUCGAUUCAUUAUGCCAAACAACAGCCACGAAAUCUCAAGGGAAAAAGCAAAAGUUCACAGGAAUGGCUGACGCGGCAAUUGUCCGAUCCUUAUGUGGAGAAAGCUCACAUGAUGAACUAUCGCUGUCGCAGUGCCUUCAAAUUAUUGGAAAUAGACGACAAGUAUCAUCUUAUGCAACCAGGAUAUACAGUCAUAGACUGUGGUGCGGCUCCAGGAAGUUGGACUCAAGUGGCCGUAGAGCGAACCAAUGCCAAUGGUAAACAAGAGAAAAAACCUUUGGGAUCGGUUAUCAGCAUUGAUCUCUUACAUUUUCAUGCUGUGCCUGGAGCUGUAAUCUAUGGCGGCAUGGAUUUCACAUCUGCGGUGGCUCAACAGCGCUUGAAAGAAUCCCUGGCAGGUCGUCGAGUUAAUUGUGUCCUGUCCGAUAUGGCUCCAAAUGCCACUGGUGUACGCAUGCUGGACCAAGAGAGUAUUACAAAUCUGUGUUAUGAGGUCCUGCGAUUCGCCUUAGCCAUGUCAGGCCCUGAUGCCAAUCUGGUCGUCAAGGUAUGGGAUAAUGGCGAUGUGCCUAAACUGGAAAAAACUAUGCUCCAGCACUAUGAGAAGGUGAAAAGGGUAAAACCCAGGGCCAGUCGCGGAGAUUCGGCAGAGCAUUUUCUGGUGGCUCGUGGUUUUCGGGGGACCUAAUCACUCAAGAGUAUGCCAGUUUUAAUUGUAAUAUAUUUAUUAUUCUUUAAAAGAUUGUUAACAAUAUAUAGACUUUAAUAAAUCAAGAUAAUUUUUAUAAUAUGAAAA